AUGUCCGAGGAAACAGCCUUCUCCACGGAGCUCUUAAUCGAUGCUAUUAAGCACUACCCAGUGCUUUUUGACAAAUGUCAUCCGCGAUACAAGGAAGUGGAGUACAAAAAGGAGCUGUGGAUGAAAAUAGCAAAGGACUUAGGAGUUACCGGUCAGAAUGUUACAAGGAAGAAGGCACGGGCCAGGGUGAAGUUGAAGCGACAUAAAUACAGCGACACUCUUGAAGUCGACACAGAAGACCUCGAGAGGUGCGGCAGCAGCACGUCAGACAUUAGCAGUCGUCAGGCAGAAACCACCGACAGUCCUGAAACGCAACAAGAGACUGAUGUCCUUGAAACAGAAGGAGAGGAGGCAAAUACAAGUGCACCAAGGCCCAGGAAGUGUCGUCGAGGGUAAAAAAACCGAAAGACGAUUUUCAAUGAAGCAGCUACAUCUUUGGAUGGGGCAGCGGCAUGUUUUGACCAUCUAAAAACAGCACGCGAAGGCCGAGAACAACAAAAAGACGUCCUGUACCAUUUUGGACUCACGAUAGUUGGGAUGCUUCCCACGCUGCCUUUAGACGACCAGUUAGACACAAUGCAUGAGGUGCAAAAUUUGGUUUACCAUAAAGUGAAGGAGGUUAAAGAUUGCAAAAAAUUGGAGUAAUUGGAGUGCAAAUAAAGCCUGAUUUUGCCCCGUUUCCACACAAGUUGUGCUUUCAUAA